AGGGAGGGAGGGCAGCCAGACAGCUUGCGUCAGGCCUUGUCCAGCGAUCAGUACACCUUUGUAUCGAUUUAACUGUGCGGAGACAUUGGUAGCUUUAUAUCAUGAUGGGGAGGAGGAGAAGGAGGAGGGCUUGAAGUGUGGCACCAGAUGGAGAUGACGAUCCAGAGCGUCUCUCGUUGUUUUCCUGCUAUCUGAGCUCUCACUAGGAUUGCAACACCGUCGUAUCGAUAUUUGGAGGAGUGGGUGCAAGGCUGCUAAUGUCUGGUGGCUUGUAGAAUAUGAAUCAGAAGGAGGGUUGAGUUUGGAUUUUCGAACAGUGGAUUUGGAUUCGGAGGUUCUCUCGCGUUGAACUUUGCGAUCGUAAUGUGCGAGCCUUACUGUGCAUGCUGUUUAGGUGGAUUGAGUAUGUCUUGUAUAUUGGGUGUGGUCACGGUGCUUGGCUGAGUCAAGCUGAAUCUCGUUUUUGUUAGGUGAAGGUAGAGACUUUCGGCAUGUUUUCUUUGUCUAAUGAUUUUUUUGAAUCUCAGAAGAGUGUUGUUAACAGAAUAGAUGUUGAUAAGCCUUAGAAGCAGCUUUGGGAAGUAGCAGCAAUUGACUCUACCCGGUCGAUCUACACGAGGUCCAAAAUUAGUUCUAAGUGAAUUCAUUUCUCAGAGGUUGCAGUGCAAGCACUCGGAAAACUUCGCCUGUUCAGAAGACAUUAUUCGAAAUCUCCACUUACUGUCCUUCGAAUUUCUAACUUCAAAUGAUAUGAACCGACUAUCCCUCACAGGGCUUCGGCUUAAAGACUUUCUUUCCUGUGCUCUAUCUUGGAUUCACUAAACAUACAUUCAACAUAUCGAUCGCAGUGGACAUGGACAAGGAUAUACGUUGAAAAACAUCGUUUUCGUCCUCAAUGACUCUCCGAUUACCUUUUUUUUGUUAUACUGUAUUGCCAUAGAUAUUUGCAGUUCUGAUGAAUCAAGUGCAUCGGAUGAUGUCUCUCCAAGAAGUCUUGGCGCGCCCCUGGUUGCUGCUGAUAAGCGAGCCUCGUCCAAAUGUGACGCAAUCCUCGUGAGCUUGAUCAAUUUCUAAGGACAAAGCUGCGGAGCCCGGUCUAUCCCUUUGGGUUUUGUACUCGGCUUUCUCCACUGACCCUCUCUGCAAAUCUCACCACCCAGCGCAUUCUAGCCAUGGCUCAAGAGUCUAGCAAAAUGGACAGAGACAGCCUUACUGCAGCGCCAAUUCAGGAGCCUGUGGAUGAAUUAGAAACUUCACAAAUUGUAGGUGGAGUAUAUCCACCGCUACUGGGAUUGGGAAGAACAGCUCCUGCGAGCAACAGCUCAAAACCAAUGUUGCCAGAGAAUUUCCAUCAUCUUCCAACUAAAUCACGCCUCAGAGCCUUGAAACAGUAUAUCGAGUCAUUCCAGUACAGGCUUAAUGCUCAAGCGAAUUUCAAUGUUGGAAAACUGCGUCCACUAUCACGAAUAAUGGAUACAGCAAGGACGAUUAUACAUGCGCCGCAACCCAUCAAAUGCGUAGAAGCAGUCUUUGUUGCAGUCUACCUGACUGCUGGCCUGGUCGACGUGGAACGAGUUCCUUUGGGGUUCAAAACCGAGUUGCAUGGUCAGGUAUAUCAACACAUUGUACUUCUAGUGCACCACGGUGGCAAGUGGGGAGCUUUCGGAAUAAGCCGUUGUAGCGACCUCAUGAACAAGGACCUGGUAUUUAACAGUAUGUCAAGCGUGAUUGAGAACUUCACGGCAGCAUACAAGUCACAAGGACACAUUGUGCUGAAGGUUCGAGUGGGUCUUCCGAUUGAGCACAAUGUUGUAUCUCCAAAUUUUGUGUGUUGGCGUCAUCUCAAUCUCAACCUGAGAUACACUUCAUGGUCAGAGUGCCUUUCUGAAAUUGACAAGCAUGCGGCCAAAGGGAAAAGGCUCUGGGAUUCGUGGACCGGAAAAAGUGAAGAUCCAACCAAGCCAAGCAGCAUCCGAAAGGCCAGCCAGGAUUUCAAACCUUCCCCGUCCAAAUCUCAUUGCUCUGAUAAACUCGUCAACAAGAAAAAGCUCGCGAGCAGAGACACAACUCCCAUGAGAGUCAAGCCAGUCUCUCCAUACAUACUCGCGACGGCCAAGGCAUCCUCAAGCUCAAACUCACACGUUGAUUCAUCAUUCAGUCUUUGUAUCGACGACUCCAGCUCCGGAUCCAUCUUAGACACACACGUACCCACAACGACAAUAGAAAGUUCCGAAACUACCUCAACUGCAGAGGUUUCUGAAGCAAAGAAGGGCUCAGAGGCUACUUCCAGUAUGGUAUUCUCUCCAGCUGCCGUAGGAAACAGCAAGUUCUGGAGAUCAAAACCCAAAGCCAGCCGGUGCUCGGAGGAAGUGGGAGAUGUCGUCAAGAGCAAGAAGCUGAUGAGAACAUCGACGAGCUUGCCAAGGUCGACAGGGAUGCUAGUGAACCAUAUGCUGGCUGUGAGUCGCGGGUUUCUAAAGAUCAAGUACUUCAAAGAAGCACCUGGCAACACUGGAACUUGGAGCAAUGUCUUCCACGGGCCCCAACUUUCAGCAGAAGCGACAGCGGCGUCACCGACACCGACAACGCGUGGCGAGAUGGUGAUGGUGGGGACGACGAGUCCGUCGUUUGUUAGAAUACCAGUGCAGAUUCAUUAUCAAACACUGAACGCCGAGGCGCUGCGCCGGAAACAGUCUCCAAAGUUAUCAAGAGAUGGGUAGAAUCCGCUCCAGUGGCACCGUCACUAUGGCGGUGAUGUUCUUGACUGAUCGAUGCGUCUGGAGAAUGUUUUGCUCGAUUAGGUCGAUCUGGCAUAGGCUUAUGGGGAGUUCAGAAACAAUUUGUUGCACCCUGGGCACCGAUCGAUGUCACACUUGUCGUUCGAAUUCAACAGCAUCGUGGAUUCAAUCAGCUCCUGAUUCUUGUGUGUGUAUUUGUCUAUCCAUAUUAGCUUCGCUGCUGGCAAGUUCAACGUCUACUUUGGCCUGGAUCUCUCCAUGUGAAAAAAAAAAAAAAGGACUAACUUAGCUCAUCCUUUUUUGUCUAUCCAGUCUUUGUCAUUGUAUUGCUGUUUCUUAAUUGAUUUACUACACAUAUAUAUAUAUAUAUAUAUAUAUAUAUUUAUUCACUUCA